AUGAAGACCUCCAAGCACUCGAAACAGCCGAGUGACUCGGCCUCCACGUCCCGGCGGCGCGAGGCCCAGACCCGCAACAGCCUCGCACAAGCGCAGGCCUACCAGCAACGCCUGUCCGGCGGCAGUGCCGCGUAUUACGCUAUGCCAACGACGGAGGCUGAGGUCUACGACGCCUACCAUGCCAACGGCGUCCUACCUCAGCACCAACACCACCAGUACCAACAGUACCAGCAGCAGGUAGAGCCGCAGGAUCUGCGGCGCAGCGCCAGCUCCGGCGACUGGUCUGUGCAUGGCGAGCAGCAGCAGCAGCAGCAGCAGCAGCAGCAGCAAUAUCAGCAGCCCCAGCAGCAGCAGCAAAAGCAGAGGCCCCGGCUGCUGAAGCACGCUGAAGCCAAGACGCUGCUCGACGCGCGGCACCGCCCUAGCAGUGGUGCGUGGUCGAUCCGCGACGACCAGCAACUCGUCAUGGCGCGCAGCGACGGCCUCAACUGGAGCCAGAUCCAGGAGCAGUUCUUCCCCGGCAAGUCGUCCAACGCGUGCCGCAAGCGUCACGAGCGCCUCAUCGACAGCAAGGGCCGCGCCAGCGGUGGCGGUGGCGACGAGGCCGCGCGCGUGGAGCGCGUCGCGGCAGAGUAUGUUCAGAUGCGUGAACGCCUGUGGCGGCCGCUCGCAGAGAAGACGGGCGAGAAGUGGACGUUUGUGGAGCGCACAUGCCUCUCGCAUGGCCUCAAGAACUUGCAGGGCGUCGCUCGUGCGGCGAGCCGCAGGCAGCGCUUCGAUGCCAAUGCCAUGGCGGCCGCCGCGGCCGCAGCGGCAGUCGCGACGACAGGCUACGACGACGACAGCGGCGUGUCCGGGAUCGGCUUGACGCCGGUGGAGGACACCAGCGCCGGCGCCCUGGCGUACAGCAGUAGCAGCCCGGCGCCACCGAGCUCGCACGGCGGCGGCGGCGGCGGCCACGUGGACAUGCUCACCGCCGCGUCCUUCGCAUCGACCGCCACGCAGGCAACGGCGACGACGAACGCGACGGCAUACCUCGCGCACCUGGGACCGGUCGCCUACGCCAACCUCAUGUAUGGCGGUACUGCUGCCGCCUCCGCGACGCAGUACCACCCGCCGCACGCGUACUCGUCGAGCAUCAGCUCGGACGGCAGCCUGCACCCGGGAUACGUCUCCCGACGGGGCAACGAGAGUGCCUGA